CUAUCAUUCAUGCUUCUGCCUGGAGUUUUGUGCGCUCCCAGGUUGCUUUACGGGAAAAGGCUGCUAUAAUUUAGUCUGGAACUGCCGCACUUCAGAGUUUUUCAUGGUUAUCAAUCCGUAUAAAGAAUCACCAAACGGGUACAGCGAGAACCAACUGGCAAAUCAGGCUGCGGAGACAACUGUGUAAUUCACUUGAAAAAGAAACGGAGAACCUCUCAUGCAUACAGGAGGACAAUGUAUAUAAAAAUAUGCAAGAAUCACAGGAAAUCCACAUAUCCAACCACCUAGAUGAAAUUGUUGCUGCUGUCAGCAUAACGCCUAGAGAGAAGAUCCGCAGCAAGCUGCCUCCGACAGCACUCUUCCAGCCUCCUCGAGAGAAACUCCUCCUCUGUGAAGAGAAAGCGAAGUCCUGUUCCAGCAGUCACGAAUAUAAACAGGCUGUUCAGGAGCUUGUGCGCUGUGUAGCCCUGACAAGAAUUUGCUACGGCGACUCACACUGGAAACUAGCGGAGGCGCAUGUUAAUCUGGCUCGGGGCUACCUUCAGCUGCAGGGGCUGUCACUGCAGGCAAAACAACACGCAGAAAAAGCCAAGGAAAUCCUCACCAGCUCCAUUGUGCCUCCCUAUGACGACAACACUGAUGUUUUCAAGUGUUCGGUUGAGCUAUUCCACACCAUGGGGAGAGCCUUACUCUCCCUUCAGAAAUUUAAGGAAGCUUCAGAGAAUUUGGCAAAAGCAGAGAGACUUUCAAAGGAGCUGCUGCAGUGUAGAAGGAUUACAAAAGAAGAAUGGAUGGAAAUUCAAGCAAGGAUCAAAUUGUCAUUUGCACAAUUCGUUAUCAGCAUCUCUGCAUCCUUUGUGUUGCUGCUGUUGUUUUGGGUAUAUCAAGGUCAGAAGAAAUCAAAAGAAGCUCUUCCCCACUACCAAGAGGCUUUAGAAUAUAUUGGGAUCAGCAAAGGUGAAGAAAGUCUUGAGUGUGUACCAAUAUUGCGGGAAUUAGCAGGUGCAGAACAAGCCCUGGGAUUUCACGACGCAUCCAUCAACCAUUUUUUGCAGGCCCAUCUCAUUGUCCUGAGCAAAAACCCCUCUCAAGAGGAGGCAGCGGUCUCUGCACACUUUGCCGCGCGUGCUGCCAUCACUUCUGCGAGGCCCGAGCACCACGAUGUGGCUGAGCAGCAUUUUCAAGAGAGCAUGUCUAAUCUUAAGGAUGCUGAAGGGAUGGGAAAAGCCAAAUUUCUUUCCAUUCAGGAUGAUUAUUGCCAUUUUCUACAAGUCACUGGACAAAAAGAGAGGGCGACCUCCAUCCUGAGAGAGUCCCUAGAAGCCAAAGUGAAAGUGUUUGGAGAUCUCAGUCCCGAGGUGGCAGAGACAUACCGGCUCCUGGGCAGGGCUGACCUGGCGCAGGGCAACCGGAGCGGGGCCCAUAAGAAACUGAAGAAGUGUCUUCAGAUUCAGACCAUCUUAUACGGACCCCAGGACAGGAGGACUCAGGCCACCCAGCAGACCAUGGACAGCCUGUCCAAGGCCCCUGAGGUGGCUGCGAAGCCAAGGCAAGCCCCGAGAACCAAACCAGCCCUCUGCACCGGCGGGCCCCAGCGCACCGUGCCGGGCAGGGCCAGGCCCCCCGCAGCCGACUGAGCCCCGCCCCACCCCCAAAGAAAGCUUGGGUCACGCCCGGGGGCGGGCAGGGUGCUGUAGGAAUCUCUCUCUCCGACUAGAAGAUGACAUUCAACCGGCACUAUAUUAGGUUUUCAAAGCUGACUGCUCCAACGUGCAACGGGGAUACCAUAAACCUCCCGUGUGGGCCACACUUUUGACAGUGGAUGCCCCUCAGAGCGAUCUGGUGCUUCUACAAAGCAUUUUUCUUUUUAGAACCUGUGAUUCUUCUUGCCAACACAAUUUUUUUUUAUUGCCACUGAAAGGGUUCUCUUCCAAACUUCAGAACUUUCUGUGCAGAGAAGUAGACUCGCUCUCUGACUGUACAUAUAGAGCCCUUUGCACAGGUCUGGAGUCAGAUCUGGAGUGGUAAGAUUCUGGAAGAAGCCCUUUUUUAUAGGAAGGUAAUAGGGAUUGAAAAUAAAGUGAGAAUAAAGUGCUAAUAAAAGGAAAUUAGGAAGUUGGGUCAGCAGCGGCUCGCCUGCUCCGGCCACAGUCUGCGGGCCUCCCGGGCGGCGGAGGGGCUGGAGCGGCGCGGCGGAGGGGACAAGACCAGGGCAGGAGGGAACCGGCCGGCCGGGAGAGCCCAGUACACCCAGCAAGAUGCUGUUCUGGAGGCUGCACACGGGCGCCGAGAAGGCCGAGCUGCAGGAGCUCAAUGCCCGGCUCUACGACUAUGUGUGCCGGGUGCGCGAGCUGUCCUGGAGGCUGCAUCUCUGACUGUACAUAUAGAGCCCUUUGCACAGGUCUGGAGUCAGAUCUGGAGUGGUAAGAUUCUAGAAGAAGCCCUUUUUUAUAGGAAGGUAAUAAGGAUUGAAAAUAAAGUGAGAAUAAAGUGCUAAUAAAAGGAAAUUUGGAAGUUGGGUCAGCAUGUAUUUUUUGAACGAAGCCGGCCUCAGCGUUCCCCAGAGCCUGGGAAGGGGUGGGAAUCUUCUCUCCACUCCUGUACUCAGGCACUCACCGAGGAUGGCUGAGUGCCCAGUAGGUACCAGGCCUGUGCUGAGAACAGGGGACACAGCAAUGAACACACGCUGUCCCCAUCCUCUCAGGGCAGCCGUCCAACAUGGACGCUAGUUAUUAAACACAUCAUGAUGCAAUUAGUUGAAGACAACAGAGGAAAAGAGCCCAGUACACUGGGGUGGGUGAUAAACGGAUCUGAUUUGGCCCGGAAGUCAGGGGGGCAGGUGUAAGGGAUUGGAGGUGAGGCAGGGGAAGUGCGGCCACUCUGGAGCUUCUGAGCUGGCACGUCCCUUAGUCCCAUGCUCUCCCAGCUGUGUGCCCUGGUUGAGCUGGUGGGGUAGGGAGGGUGGAGCGGCUGAGCGCUCACAUCCUGAGUGGUCUUCGUGUGGCA